UUGAGUAUAAACUUCAGUCGACAGAAAUUCAACAAAAAUCUAAAAUAAAUUACAAAAAAAGCUAUUUAAGUUUUAUAUUUUCGUACUUUGAAACCAAAAUUACAAAAUUAACGUAGUUUUAAUAAGUAAUAUCCUCGCAUUUACACGUAAAAUUCAAACAAUAUAUUGCUGAGUUGUGUGACUGUCUGCUGUACAAACACAUACGAGUGCAAAAAUAUAUUAACAAAAAUUUAAAAUGGCGGACAAACUAAAGAAACAGUAAUUUACUGUCUCAUAAAUUGGAACUUUGCUUUCAAAAAGUGAUAUUUUCCGUGAAAAUAUUCGCCACGAAUUAUUUUUUUAUACAAAAAAAACUAUAUUGUUAAGGAUACUUUUUAAGGAUAAACAUCUCAAUUAGAUUUAUUCGGCUUUUGUUUAUGGAUUGUUUGACAGUCGUACCCAAGCGAAUCAUGAAGGUGGCACGAAAAUCGUUCAAUAAUUACUUGCUGCCCAAACGCAGCGAUGAAGUUGAUAACAACAAAGAUAACAAAGUAGUUGAUGUUUAUAUGUCUAACGACACACGACGUUCCCCCCAAACUAUCACACCGUCUCCGCCGCCAGCGUCGCCCCGCAAUGCACCUGCCACGCACAACAAGGAGAAAAAUCGUCUUGCCACGUUUAAUAAUUGGCAUCUAACGACAACAGACAAGCGACUUUUGGCACAAAUCGGCUUUUACUACACCGGAACGAACGAUUUGGUGAAAUGUUUCUUUUGCAACGUUGAAAUCGGCAUGUGGCAACCGGAAGACAAUCCUGUUGACGAACAUCUGAGAUGGUCCCCCAAUUGCCCGUUGCUCCAUGGACGCGAAACCUCAAACGAACCAAUUGACGCCGAAGCCCUGAAACGAAUUUUGCCCCAAAUCAGUUACGACACAUGCGGCAUCCGUGCCAACAAUUCAUCACAAUCCUCCGUGGGCUCCGGAUAUGCCGAAAUUUCCGUGAAUCACGCAAAUCCCUCGAACAUUCGUGAUCUCUCGCCGCAACCCAGUUCCAGCAGUAGUCAAGAACGAACGCCACGUGCUUCGCUUUUAUCGCCUGCGAGAGCGCACGAACAUCCCGAAUUCGCAAUCGAGUCACAUCGCCUCAUCUCGUUCGAAGAUUGGCCCAAAACGAUGAAACAAAAGCCCAAAGAGCUCGCCGAAGCGGGUUUCUAUUACACCGGCAAGGGGGAUCGUGUGGCGUGCUUUAGUUGUGGCGGCGGCUUGAAAGAUUGGGAAGAGAUGGAUGUGCCGUGGGAACAGCAUGCCAUGUGGUACAGCAAAUGCGAAUAUUUGAAACUCAUGAAGGGACAAGAGUUUAUCGAUGAAAUUCUCGCGAGAAAAAGCUCACCGCCGUCGUCUUUCACGGAACCGUCGACGUUAGCGGCAUGCGGAAGCUCUGCAAGUGCCGCAAAAGAGGCAAAAGCCUCGGAUGAACCCGCAAAAUGCACAGCGAUGUCAUGUGACGACCAGAAACCGCCGAUGAGCGACAGCAAAAUGUGCAAAAUCUGCUACGAAUGCGAAUAUAAUACGGCUUUUUUCCCGUGCGGACACAUCAUUGCGUGUGCGAAAUGUGCUUCGAGUGUCACGAAAUGCCCUUAUUGUCGACAACCCUUCACGAAAGUUAUGCGAGUGUAUUUUUCCUGAACAUAAAUUUUGUAUUUAUUAACAUUUUAUCCAAAUCCUGUAGAUACUUUAAAAUAAAAUCACCUAAUUUUAAU